GAAAUGGAUGAGAGUGAUUAUUUGAUGAACACCAGAAGGAACUCAAGGUUUCCAAAGCACAAGACAGUUACUUAUUAUUUAUGUGACAGUUGGGCCAAUGUUUUGACAAGAUGUUGUGAAGGAAUCUGGAGUCGAUGCAUGCGAGCUCGUGAGUUGAAACAUCGAACAAUUGACUUAUCAGAAGACCCCCAUCAAAAGUCAAGAAGUGGCAAGUUCCCGGCUAAUGUUAUUAGGAAUCAGAAGUACAGUGUAAUCACCUUUAUACCUCUGGUUUUAUACGAGCAGUUCAAAUACUUCCUUAACCUAUUCUUUCUCGUCAUGGCCCUAUCGCAAUUCAUACCUGAGAUGAAAGUUGGCUAUCUAUACACCUACUGGUUUCCUCUGCUGUUUGUCCUGACCGUGACACUAAUCAGAGAGGCCGUGGAUGACUUUCGUCGUUUCGUUCGCGAUCGUGAGGUCAACACGCAGAAGUACAAGAGGCUGACACCACUGGGCGUCGAGCACAUUGCUAGUCAAAAGAUCAAAGUUGGUGACCUCAUCAUCGUUGAGAAGGAUCAGAGAGUUCCAGCUGACAUGGUCCUCGUUCGCACUAGUGACAAACAUGGAACGUGUUUUAUUAGGACUGACCAGUUGGACGGGGAGACUGACUGGAAGUUGAGGGUGGCCAUCCCAUCAACACAGAGAUUGAACAGUGAUAAGGAAAUCUUCAACGCUCCAACGCAAUUGUUUGCAGAGAAACCACAAAAGGAUAUACACAGCUUUAUAGGAACUUUUUCUAGAUCGUCAGAUAACUCGAAGGACUCUUUGAACGUGGAGAAUACCAUGUGGACGAACACAGUCCUAGCUUCAGGAUCAGUCUUGGGAGCCGUCGUCUACACGGGAUGCGAGACCAGGAGCGUCAUGAACACGUCCAAACCAUCGCAAAAAGUGGGUUUGUUGGAUCUCGAGGUGAACACAUUAAGUAAGGUCCUCUUCUUCAUGGUAUUCAUGAUGUCACUGGCCAUGAUGAUUAUGAAGGGUUUUGGUGGGCCCUGGUAUAGGUACAUGUUUAGAUUCUUAGUCCUCUUCUCUUACAUCAUACCUCUGAGCCUUAGGGUGAACCUGGAUGUUGGCAAGAUGGUGUACGCCUACUUCAUUCAGAAGGAUGCUCAGAUACCGGAUACCGUAGUGCGCAAUACCACGAUAGCCGAGGAAAUGGGAAGGAUCACCUACCUGCUGUCCGACAAAACUGGAACUCUCACGCAGAAUGAAAUGGUUUUCAAAAGGUUCCACAUAGGGUCUGCCUCGUACACAUCAGAAACUAAGGAGGAGCUGACAGGGCACUUACAGGCAUACUUCUCUCAAAACGUGCCCCCUCAACAACCAUCUUCGUCAUCAGAUCCGAACCAGCGACUAAGAAACACGCUGGUGAACAUGGUGACGGAGUCCAUCAAAGGUCUGGCCCUCUGUCACAACGUCACUCCGAUGUCGGAAGGGGGAGACAAAACCCCCGUGAGACAAAAUUCCGCCGUGAACAUCGGUGGUAGUGGUGUUGACAACAACGUAACGGCAGAACAGUCGGACACUGAGGCAGAUCAGCAACUUCAACAUCAGCAGCAAACCGUCAGCUACCAGGCUUCGAGUCCCGACGAGGUGGCACUGGUGACAUGGACGGAGAGUGUCGGACUGACGUUGCUGAAACGUGACUUGUCGACGAUGAUGCUGAGGACGCCAGACGGCCAGCUACUCGGCUACGACAUCCUUCAAAUAUUCCCAUUCACGUCUGAAACCAAGAGGAUGGGAAUUGUAGUCAGGGAUCAAAAGACAAAUGAAAUAACAUUCUACAUGAAGGGAGCCGACGUCGUCAUGCAGAAGAUAGUUCAGUACAAUGAUUGGAUGAAGGAAGAGUGCGACAAUAUGGCGAGGGAAGGUCUGAGAACUUUGGUGCUAGCCAGAAAGACAAUCACACAAGAGCAGUAUCUCGAUUUUGAGAGCAGAUACCAGCAAGCCAAACUGAGCGUGUCCGAUCGACUGAGUAAGGUGUCUGCGGUGGUAGAUGGCCUGGAGAGAGACAUGCAGCUGUUGUGCGUCACUGGCGUCGAAGACAAGCUCCAUGACAAUGUUCCUGUCACUCUUGAACUUCUCAGGAAUGCUGGAAUUAAGGUGUGGAUGUUGACUGGUGAUAAGUUAGAAACAGCUACCUGCAUUGCGAAGAGUUCGUGCCUGGUGUCGAGACUGCAGACGAUACACGUCUUCAAGAACGUUCUUGAUAGAGCUGACGCACAUCUCGAGUUGAAUGCCUUCAGGAGGAGAAGUGACUGUGCUCUCGUUAUAUCUGGAGAUAGUCUCGAGAUAUGCUUGAGAUAUUACGAACACGAGUUCAUGGAGUUGGCAUGUCAGUGUCCCACUGUUGUCGUCUGCCGCUGCUCCCCCACCCAGAAAGCUGACGUCGUCAAACUGCUCAAGUACCACACUGGAAAGCAGACAUGCGCCGUCGGCGAUGGUGGGAAUGAUGUGUCGAUGAUUCAAGCUGCUGACGUUGGCAUCGGCAUUGUCGGCAAGGAAGGCAAGCAAGCUGCGUUGGCUGCCGAUUUCUCCGUAAGCCAAUUCAGUCACAUUGGUCCAUUGUUGUUGGUGCAUGGCAGAAACAGUUACAUGAGGUCAGCGGCGUUGAGCCAGUUUGUGAUACACAGAGGUCUCAUCAUAUCCUCCAUGCAAGCUGUCUUCUCUGCGGUCUUCUACUUUGCCUCACUCUCACUCUUUCCUGGAUUCCUGCUAGUUGGGUACGCCACGGUAUACACAAACUUCCCAGUUUUUUCAUUGGUCCUCGAUAAGGAUGUCUCAGCAGAAAUCGCCAUGAAGUUCCCUGAACUGUACAAAGGACUCACCAAGGGCAGAGCCUUAAAUUUUCGAACGUUUUUUAUGUGGGUCCUUAUAAGCAUCUACCAAGGUGGCGCAAUUAUGAUCCUGGCGUUCAUUUUGUUCGAAGCCGACUUCAUCCACAUCGUCUCCAUCAGCUUUUCUUCUCUCAUCCUAACGGAGCUGCUGAUGGUUGCGCUUACAAUCCAUACUUGGCAUUACCUCAUGAUAGUCGGCGAGUUUCUAUCUCUUGUCAGUUACGUCGUGUCACUCUUCAUCUUCAAGUCUUACUUUGACGUUGACUUCUUGUUGUCGUGGAACUUUUUGUGGAAAGUUUUGGUGACAACAUCAGUCAGUUGCAUCCCGCUGUUCAUUUUGAAGUACCUGAGGAGGAGGUUUGCUCCACCCAGCUACACCAAGUUGUCAUGAUGAUGAUGAUGAUGAUAAUGAUGGUGGUGGUGGUGGCGAUGAUAAUGGAGGAUAGGUUAUGGUUAUAACGAUGAUUAGCCCACUGAUUUAUAAUCACGACAUGACGGCCAUGGCUGAGGUUAUUAUGACGAGGAUGGUGAUUACAUGAUGAAAGUGAAAUUAUUCUCGUAAAUCUGAAGUUGAGAUGAUAAAACGAAGAUGAUGGUAACGAAGGACAGGAUGAUUAAUAUGCUAAUGAUGUUGGCGAGAAUGAUAAUAACGAGGCAAUCUCUUUCAUGCUACUUUAUUUAUUGAAUGUAAAUUAUGAAUAUUCAAGUCAUCUUACAUGAAUACUUUGUCAAAUUUACAUAUAUUAUAUCAAGUAUGAUUUCGGUACGUCGUAUAUAUAUUUUUAUAUUUUAUUGCGAAAACUGGAUAAAUGAAUAAAUGCAAAGCUUAUGAAAUACUUCAGAUGAGUGAAUGAAUGAAUGAAUGAAUGAACGAACGACUGAAUGAAUGAAUGAACAAAUGAAUGAAUGAGUGAAUAAUUAAUAAAAAAUUAAUAAAAUUUCAGUACUUUUGUAGCUUGAUUCAUAGAAAAAAACUUGUGAUAUCGUAAUUUUUUAUCAGUUUACUACUUUCAUAAAAUUUCUUUUAUCUAAAACAAAGUGACAUGAGUCGAAAGUUUUGUCACGGUCGUUUCAUCAUUUUGUUUAAAUUAUUAUCAUUAGGUUGACAAUUGUUUUCCUAAUACAAGAUGUAGAAAUUAUGUAAAGGCCAAUUAUUAUCGUUAUGUGGUGUGUGUGUGUGUGAUAGUUUUUCACUGAUGAUUAAAUUUUUUUAAACCUUUCCAUUUCGCUUUAUCAACAAAUUGAAAUAUCUGGCUUUAAAUUGCUAUCCGUAUCCAGUUGACAUCCUUUGUUCGUAUUAUAUCUGCCUUUAUUAUUUAUAGAUGAUGAAUGCUUUAUAGGAAGAAUGUUGAAUACUAUCAAAACAUGUGACUAAAACGUUACUUUUGUUGAAGAAUGUAAUUAUUUAUUUGCAAAACAACUUUUUGUCGGUGCAUUCUGAAAAAUGUUCAUACUCGCUUGCGAGGUGACGGUUGGUGUAAGAAUUAUUUUAUCUCGUGUUGUAACGUAACUGACAUUUAUUUAAUAUCUGUCGAUCGAUAACAACAUUUUAUAAUUUAUGUUGUUGUUCAUAUAUCUCAUUGUAAAACACUUCUCCACAUAUUCGUAUUUAAUUUAAAAAAAACCGUACAAUAAUGUUUCUCUUUCGUCUUGAGGUUCACCUUAAAAUAUAAAUCAUUGUCUUAGUUGAACAGUUCCAACAAUUAUCUGGCACAUUAAUAGUUUUGAGAAAUUUGUAAACUUCAUUUAAUCACGGUUUUUCUGCUGCUUUACCUUCAAUUGAGUGAAAUACAACGUACCUAUGGGGUUCC